CCUGAGCAACAAGCCGAAAAAAAAGAUGGCGGCAGCAUCAGCAGGCCGAGAACGAAAAAAUAGUAAUCGAAAGUUUACGGGAAAAACAAGUGGAAGUGGAAAUAUCUUUUGUGAGGCGGUUGAGCGCGACUGUUCUGUGAAUGGAUCAGAGGUUUUUUUCAAAAACGGAAACGCUGAGUGACGUCGCGUUCCACAUCCGGGUCACGUCUCCUCAUGCAGUAGCAAGCAUGGCAGCCAAAAACAAGCACCGUAAAAAGUCUAAAGCGACCAGUAAAGUGACAUUUGAGCCUGAAGAAAACGACGUGGAGGCUGAAAACAGCGGCGGGGAGGAAGAUGAAGAUUCAGCAGCCGAUGAAGGUGAAGGCAGAGCGGAGAAAGACGAAGAGUUCAGCCUGGAUGAGGUUUUACGGCUGGGAGGAACACAGGCCGACUACAUCAUGCUUGCGAGCCUGGACGACUCCAACGACCUCGUCGACGGAGGAAAGAAAGGAGCGAUAGAUGACCUGGAGGAAGGUGAGCUGGAGAAAUUCAUCACCAAACUGGGCAUCCGGGCGUUCGCCGGAGUGCAGGUCAUUGCAGACGAGCCCGAGGGCGACGCUGCAGAUGCUGGCGAGAAGGAAAGGAAAAAGGUGAAAGCCAAGAAAGAGGAACAAACAUCCAACGCUCAGCAGAAAGUUAACAACAACCAGGGAGUGGAGGACAAACAGAGGGCGAAGAAGACAAAAGACGUUCAGACAACCGCUGGGAAAAAGGCGAAACAGAACGUGAAUGUGUUUGAGUUUCAGCAGAGACAGGUCCUGCUGAUCAAACCUGGAGGGAAAUGGUUCGACCUGGAAUACACGGCGGAGGGCUCGUCGACCCCGCAGGAUCCCUCGCUGGUGUCCCAGUACAAGACGCUUGCCCAGCGACUGUUUGAGGCCGAGGUGGCGCUCUACAAGAGCAAGAAGAACCUGCAGAAAGGAGCCAACUCCAAUUGGAUGAAGACGGUCGUCUCCUCCGGCGUGCUGGCGGACAGGAUGGCGGCCAUGACGGUUCUGAUCCAGGAUGCUCCGGUGCACACGCUGGAGCACGUGGAGAACCUGGUGUCCUUGGUGAAGAAGAAGGGCAGCCGGCGGAUGGGUCUGAUGGCUCUGGACACGCUGCGAGAGCUGCUGCUGUCCGACCUGCUGCCGGAGCACAGGAAGCUCCGCCCCUUUGCCCAGCACCCGUUUGAUGAGCUGGAGGAAAAGGCCAGCGGCAACCGCGACGCCCGCGACCGCCGCCUCGUCCUCUGGUACUUUGAGCACCAGCUGAAGCACCACGUGGCUGAAUUCGUAGUGGCUCUGGACACGGUGGCUCACGACACGGUGGCGGCCACCAAGGCGAAGGCGCUGGCCACCGCCCACGAGAUGCUGUGCAACCGUCCAGAGCAGGAGAGGGCGCUGCUCAUCCAAGUCGUCAACAAGCUGGGAGACCCCGAGUACAAGACGGCGGCCAAAGCUUCGUACCUGCUGGAGACGCUGCUGCACAAACACCCCAACAUGAAGGUGGUGGUGUGCUGCGAGGUGGAGCGGCUCAUGUUCCGGCCCAACAUCAGCCCGAAGGCGCAGUACUACGCCGUCUGCUUCCUCAGCCAGGUGAUGCUGAGCCACGACGAGGCCCAGCUCGCCGCCAAACUCAUCACCAUCUACUUCUCGUUCUUCCGCACCUGCGUCAAGAAGAAGGACAUCGAGUCGAAGAUGCUGAGCGCGCUGCUGUCGGGCGUGAACAGGGCGUAUCCCUACGCCGGCACCGGAGACGAGAAGGUGAAGGAGCAGCUGGACACGCUGUUCAAAGUGGUUCAUCUGGUGAAGUUCAACACAGCCGUGCAGGCGCUCAUGCUGCUGUUCCAGGUGAUGGACUCCCAGCAGACCAUCUCCGACCGAUACUACGUGGCUCUGUAUAGGAAGUUGCUGGACCCUGGGCUCUCGUCAUCCUCCAGACAGAGCAUGUUCCUCAACCUGCUGUACAAGUCUCUGAAGGCCGACAUCGUGCUGCGGCGGGUCAAAGCCUUCGCGAAGCGGCUGCUGCAGGUCAGCGCCGAGCAGAACGCCAGCUUCGCCUGUGGAGCGCUCUUCCUGGUGUCAGAGGUCAUGAAGGCCAAACCGGGCCUCAAGAUGCUGCUGCAGGAGGACGGGGAUGGGGAGGAGGAGGAGUUCAAAGACCUCGCUGAAGAGAAUGAUGAUGAUGAUGAAGAGGAGCGCUUUGUGGACGCCGACAAACUGAAGGAAGGAGCGAGUGCAGAGACGGAGGAGGCAAAGCCCGCGGCAUCAUGGGUACAUCACCAGAACCUGGAAGGAGGGAAGAGCAUGCAGAGCUACGAUCCGCUGCACAGAAACCCGCUGUUCUGCGGCGCCGACCACACGACUUUAUGGGAGCUACAGAGGCUCGCCGUGCACUUCCACCCGUCAGUGUCGCUGUUUGCAAAAACUCUCCUGCAGGGAGGGUCCAUCCAGUACUCAGGUGACCCUCUGCAGGACUUCACCCUCAUCAGAUUCUUGGAUCGAUUCGUCUUCAGAAACCCCAAACAGCUGAAGGGAACACAAAACACAGACGCUGCGGCGCUGCAGCCCAAACAGAGGUCACCUGUCAACUCUUUACAAGUGAACUGUGAGGAGUUUCUGUCUAAAGAAGAGAGUCAGAUCCCUGUGGACGAAAUCUUCUUCCAUCGCUUCUUCAAGAAACGGCAGCAGGAGAAGCAGCUUCGUCGGCCGCGAGCAGACGGCGAUAACGAGAGCGUGGAGGACGUGGACGAUGACGAGUUUGAGAAAAUACUUGAUUCCUGUGAGCAAGACUCUUACUUCACUGACCUGGCACAUGACGAUCUGGACUUUGCAGGCAAUGUGAAGAGUAAAAAAGGUAAGAAAGGCGCAGAGGACUCCGACUCGGACAUGGACGACUCGGACGACGAGGAGGUGUCUCUGGGCAGUAUGGACGAGGAAGACUUCGGAGAUGAGCUGGAGGAGGAAGGAGGGAUGUUCAUGGAUCCUGGUGGAAGCGGAGACGAUGAUGAUGAAGUUCCAGAGCUGGAGGAUGACGAUGCUGCAUUCGGUGAUUCAGACGAUGAGGUGGAAGUUCCAGAUAUCACUCCUCGCACCAAGAAGGGGAAAAGGAAAUCCUCAGAGGAGCUCGACUUCUCUGGAUCUUUAGGUUCCAAACAGGGGAAGAAGAAGAAAGGAAAGAAAGAUGGAGCCGUGUUUGCUUCUGCCGAAGAGUUUGGCUCCCUGUUGGAUGAGAACGCCGGCUCCAUGUUUGACAACAUCGGACUGAACGCUAUGGCCAACACCGACAAAGCAGGCCUGAAGCAGCUGAAGUGGGAGGCUCAGCGCGACGACUGGGUCCACGGGCGCGACGCCAAGACGCUGCGCAAGAAGAAGACCAUGUUCAACAAGAAGAAGAUGUUCGGACGAGCCAGGCCAGGAGGCAAGACGCUCAGCAACAAGAAGAGGAAGAAGUAGCAGCCGCUGCGUGUUUGUUGUUGUGGACUUUGAACCGACUGACGGUGACCGCUUCAGUCCUGUUUGGCCGACCAGGCUUCGUGGUCUCUCUCUCGGAUGCCGUAGACCCCCGCCCACUCGUUGGACUGGUAGUAAACUGGGAGGAAGCAGACGAGCAGAAAGUGGUUUUCAGAUCCAGUCAGCUGAUGAAAGAUGACAUCAUGAUCUGAAGAGGAGCCAUGUUUAGUUUUUUGUAAAAGACUUUUUGGUAUAUGGGCCAUUACGUUGUCAUGGUUACAUGAUUGUGUGUACAUUUACCAAUUUAAUACAAAACAGAUUUAUCUUGUAUCUAUUGUAACUCUGUUCAUUCUGCCGCUGUGUUAUAUGAAAACUUGCACAUCAACAGAAAUUAAAAUAUUCUGACGCA